AUGCGUUCAGGUUUACGUUCGUCUACAGCCCUGCGAGUUCGGGGUCCAUUGGAUGAGAGAAGGAUUGUGAGAGCGGCGUGUGGAGGGUCGUAUAUUGCGGCAGUUACUGAUGCGGGAGAGCUCUACACUUGGGGAUACGGUCGUGAUGGCAAUCUCGGACACGGGGACAAGGCAGAUGUUGGCGUGCCGAAGUUGGUGGAAGCAUUGAAGGGAAAGAGGAUCGUCGAUGUUGCCGCGGGUGGUGGACAUACUAUGGCACUCGACGAUAAAGGAGUUUUAUAUGUUUUCGGAAGAGGAAGAGAUGGUCAAUUGGGCAGAGGAGACAAUAUUGAGUCGAUCGCUGCGUAUCGCCCUGUUCCUGUUGUGGUGGAAUACUUUGGAGCUAAUAAACUUAAAGUGACAGCGAUCGCGUGUGGUAAUGACCAUUCAGUAGCCCUAGCCGUAUGA